CCUUGCCCUGGUGCCCCAACUCAGAUCCGUGGACUCGGUAAAUCUGGUGUCCUGCUUCCAUCUCUGCUCGACAAUGGAUGGUUCAUAGGAAGAUGCAGCCCCUCUUCGAUGCCUUGCUGCGGUGAGCCAUGAGCUCCCACUGGGCUUCUUUCACUGCAGACCGAUUGUAGCAUUCAUGUUCAAUGUGUGUUUCACCUAGAUGCAGUCUCUGAUCUCGGCUUUUCUGCAGCGGUGAGUUCCACAGGUCAGCUCUGCUUGCUGCAGAGAUGCAUAGGGUUCAAAUUUCCCUGCGCAUUAAUUUCACUGAAGGGGCAAUUGGGCCAGUGUGACCUUAAAUCGUCUGUUGCUUGCCGUAAUCCUAAAUUGCAUGUAUCAGUAGGAGGGACUCUUUGAAGGUCUAAUCUCCCCUUCCCUAGAGUCUUUCCACCUACCAUCUCAAAGCAAUUUGCAAAUUCAAGUUUGUUAAUCUUCAGUGCCCCCGGUGAGAUGCUGUUUCACACAGGGGGGAAACUGAGAUACAGAGAGGGGCAGAGAUGUGCUCGCGGUCACACAGCAAGUCAGCGGAAGAGGUGGAUGCAGCUGGCUCUUAAGCUCUUUGGCCGAGGUGACGUGUGGGGAGACGGGUCAUGUGCCCCCCAUAUUUUAUAUUUUUUGCACGGAGUGGGUUCACAAUAUGUGAUGGGCAGUCGUUUCUUUCCAGACUUUCAAACCUUAAUAACGUAACCAAGGGGGUGCCUUUGACCCUUCGCCUUAAUAGUUGUUCUCCCAUGACUUUCACUUUUUCAGGCAGCGUGGCAUUCGCAAGUGUGUUCCUUAGGCCUUGGAAUUGUAUUUGGCUUUUUUACUUAUUUUUCUGAAAAGCGGUUCAAGGACAGUCUGCGUUUAAACUAAGCCAAUUUAAUAGCGUACCUGUUGUUAGCUUUGUGCAAUGGUGAAAAGACAAUUAAGUUUGGACUUUUUCCUACACUAAGAAGGGCUACGUUUCCCUGUGAUUAAUAAGCCCCAAUAUUAAUUUUAAAACUGUUUCAACAAUGGCUAAAUUACGCUUGCCAGCAAUGUGUGGCACCAACAGAAUUGCUGCUAUAUUUUAUCUGAAGUAGUUUAUCGAAUAAUUUAUACCUAAGAGAUUUGGGUAAUUAAAACCCAAGGGGAAUUGACGCUGACCUCUACACGUUUGUUUGUCUUUUAGUUGGGAAAGAAACGCAGUUCUGCAAACGCUGUUACUUUGCUCCAAACAACGUCUUCACUGAAAUAAAGAGAGGUUUUUUUUUCCGAUCAAAACCUCGCAUGGUUUGCUUGUAAUAAUAAAGCUGUAUGUAGUUGUGGGGGGAUUAUAUUCAUUCACUAGAUUCGUUCUGGCACUUUAUUUCCAGGUAGCCCAUCAAAGAAGGCAAAUGGCAGAAUGCAUAAUGAUUUCGGAGUGUUUUUUAAAAAGAAUUUCAAGUGUCCGAGCUACCCCUGUACAAACUGGCCUUAACUCUUAACCGUAUAUUAAGACAACUUUCUUGUUAAGCUUUUUAAUGCAUGUAUGAAUCCUAUAACCAGUUUUUUCCCUGGAUAGCUUAAUUUUGGAACAGUCUCCAUCUGCUAUUACGUAGUAUUGUACAGCAUGACCUCAGAAGCAGUCUAGAAAUCGAAACUCCCUUGUCUCUUGAGUGCCUGCCCUGAACCCUGCUGCAAACCACCAGAACUUUUAAAUUGUGCCCCCUCCUGCCCCCGCCCUCAACAGUUACUUGUCCCUUCUCCUCUUUGCCGAACGGAUGGCCUUUUUAGGUGUUGGUACAGCACCUUGGGCAAUAUUGCCCUGCGCUGAGCCGGGGGCCUCUAGGUUUUUCUAUAGUAGAAAAAAUGAACAAAAGAACCCAGGAGUCCUGGCUCCCAGAUCGAGCCCACUUCCCUUCCAGAGCCCUGGAUAGAACCCAGGAGUCCUGGCUCCUAGUGACUUCUGCACAGAACUUUCCAGCACUACACCUCCCAUGAGGCACUGUGCUGUGUUUUAUGCAGGGAGGUAGAAUCCUGUUCCCUUUGCAGAGCAUGCUGGGAACUGCAGGCAGCCGGCAGGCUUUUCCCAUUGACGUGCAUGGAGAUGCCCUAUGGGACUACGUUGCCCAUGAGGCUUUGCGCUUCCAGCCGCUCAUGGAGCCCUUGGUCACCGCAUUGCCUUCUGGGAUUUGUAGUUCUCCAGGAGACGAUUUACUGUUGACUUGCCUGAGGAAGGCUGCCGAUCGGAACUACGUUUCCCAAGACACCCUGCUCCCGGGCUGCGUGGUGGCUGAGGCUCCCCCCCUUUCAGAGGCGCAGGCAGCCGGCUCGCUCCGGUCCCCCAGAGUGGAACCUUGCAGGCCCCGCACCUGGCGAUGGAAACGGCGCUCCCCGCUGUUGGCAAGGAAGGAAACCUCCACAAAAUAAACAAGUUCACCUGAGGUGUCUGUGAAGGCAGGAAAAUGCUGUGGAAAGCUCUGCUGAGGGUGGAGCUGGGGGGAACGGGCAACCGGGCCCCCUCCAUGAACUGGCUCCUGUCCCCCGCCCUCCGGUACCGGUCCACUUCUGUCAUGGACAACCAUCAUGUGGAGCUGGCCCGAGAGCGAUCCAAGACAGUCACCUCCUUCUACAACCAGUCGGCCAUUGACAUCGCAGCAGAGAAGCCGUCUGUGAGAUUGACGCCCACCACCAUGCUGUAUUCGGGACGGUCGCAGGAUGGCAGCCACCUCCUGAAAAGUGCCCACUACCUUCACCGCGAGCUGCCCGUCCGCAUCGCCCAUCGCAUCAAGGGCUUCCGCAGCCUCCCCUUCAUCAUCGGAUGCAACCCCACCAUCCUCCACGUGCAUGAGCUGUACAUCCGAGCCUUCCAGAUGCUGAGCGAAUUCCCCACGAUCAAGGACCAAGAGUCAGAGACCCGGUACUGCAAGCUGGUCCGGCAGCUGCUGGAUGAUCAUAAGGACGUGGUGACGCUGCUGGCCGAGGGGGUGCGGGAGUGUCGUAAACACAUCCAGGACGAGAAGGUCAUCCGCCAUUUCCUAGACAAGAUGCUCACCUCCCGGCUGGGGAUCCGGAUGCUGGCGAUCCAUCACCUGGCGCUGCACGAGGAAAAGCCGGACUUCGUGGGCAUCAUCUGCACCCGUCUCUCCCCAAAGAAAAUCAUUGAGAAGUGGGUGGAUUUUGCAAGGCGUCUGUGUGAGCACAAGUACGGGAACGCCCCGCGGGUGCGGAUCAAUGGGCAUGUGGCUGCUCGCUUCCCCUUCAUCCCCAUGCCCCUCGACUACAUCCUGCCGGAGCUGCUCAAGAACGCCAUGAGGGCCACCAUGGAGUCUCACCUGGACACGCCGUACAAUGUGCCGGACAUUGUCAUCACCAUCGCCAACAACGACAUCGACCUGAUCAUCAGGAUUUCGGACCGGGGUGGCGGGAUCCCCCACGAGCACCUGGAGAAGGUGACGGAUUAUCACUUCACCACGGCGGAGUCCAGCGCCCAAGACCCCCGCAUGAACACCCUCUUUGGGAACAUGGUGGACAUGGUCAACAGCGGCCAGUCGGGCCCGAUGCACGGGUUCGGCUUCGGGCUGCCGACCUCCCGUGCCUAUGCCGAGUACCUGGGGGGAUCGCUGCGCAUCCAGUCCCUGCAGGGCAUCGGCACCGACGUGUACCUCCGUCUGAAACACAUUGACGGCAAGGAGGAGAGUUUCCGCAUCUAGAGACGCCCCCCUCUCCCUGGGCCGUGGCCCCCUCCGCAUGGACGUUGGCUUUGCUUCCCGUCACUCUGUGCUUGGAUACCCACGGCCCUGAUCCCACGGCCCCGGCCUCCUGGGUUCUCUGCAUCUCCACAAGGGGGCGGGACUUUGAACUUACAGACGGGACGUCGCCUCCUGCUGGUUAUUCCAGUCCCGCCCCUGGGAGCACCCUAAUGGAUUCUUUAUUCGGUGGGGCGGGGCCUGGGUCGACCAACCCCAAACAGGUUUUGAAGGCAACGGACGCUUCCCGGCGCAUGUACCUCCCUUGGUAGCUCCACAUUGCCAGCACCUUGCACACUCGUUUUCUCACCCUUGUUUCAUUCCCUUCUUCUCAAAAAACCAAAUCGAAGGACGGCGUUGGAGUGUGGGGGGGGGAAAGACUUUUAUUGCCGCGCAUGGCCCCAGAAUCGCUCCCCCACCUGUCUCAACAGCUCCACCCCUUCACACUUUGGACAGGGGACGAAUUUUAUGGUUGCGCCUGGAUGCUGGAUUCCCCACCCACCCACGGCACAUGGCGGAUGCCAAUUCUAGCCCUGGUUUUUGUUUUCCCGCUUUCUCGUUUAUUUCAGGGGGGUGGGGGUGGGGCAGGAUGUGGGUUUGACUCCCCUCCUCGGGGGUGGCCGGGGGAACCAGACCCUGGACGUGUAUCUCGCUGUGAUACCGAUUAAAAGUGCCGAUUCUGAAAGGCGGCGAGGCCGUGUGACUCUGUGCCGGAGGGAGCAGGGCAGAGCUGCGGUUCCUUGCAUCGUUGUGAUCAUCUAGUCAGACACAAGCUGUGCACCUUCCGCGAAUUAACUCCUGUUUGAAAUAGAGCAGAUCUUUCAGGAAGACAUCCCAGCUUGAUUUUAAAAUCGCCAGUAAUGGAGAAUCUACCACGACCCUUGGGAAGUCGUUCCAGUGGUUAAUUCCUCUCAAUGUUAAAAAUUUGCCCCGGGUUUCCAGUCUGAAUUUGUCUAGCUUCAACCUCCAGCCCAUUGGACAUUGUUAGAUUUGUCUGAUAGCUUGAAAAGCCCGUGAUCAAAUAUUUGUUCCCCUUGUAGGUACUUAUAGACUGGGAUCAAGUCACCCCCCUUUACCCUUCUCUUUGUUAAGCUAAAUAGAUAGAGCUCCUUGCGUCUCUCUCUCAUAUUGGGUUCCGGGAAAUGGGCGGGGGAAGGUUGGAUGUUUUGCUAAAAGCUCUGUUCUAGGAAUUAUUUUGGGGCAGUUCUCUAGCCUGUGUUAUAGGGGGGGAGUGGGGGGGAUCAGACGAGAUGAUCCCAAAGAUCCUUCCUGGCCUUGGAAUCCAUGACGUGUGUAAAGCCGGAGGACACGGAUACAGGGCGUUGCGGGAAUGGCAGUGGAGUUCAACAUGUGAGUGUGGAUGCUGAUGGGGGGCAUGGGGAAAAAAGUGCGGGAUGACACACAGUGACCCUGCCGUGCAGCUCUGCUCUCGGCCUCUCUGUGGGAAGGAGCUCUUCUGGUUGCUUGAGGGUGUAACGGAAAGGAAAUGAUCCGGUGAGAAAUUUGCCCUUUCUCUGCCACCAGUGAAGGCAAGAAACUUUCUCUAUUAAACAAGAAACGAAAGUUGAGGUUCUCCUCUGUUCACAUGACAUUUUUUGGGGCCGGGGCCUAUUCUCUCCUGCUGGAAUAUCCAAACAGCGGGGGAUGCAGGGGGGGAGCUGUUCCUAUCCCCCCAUCAGAUAUUAUAUCAGGGGAGGGUCCCCCAGGAGUGUUUUUUUUUCUGUCUCCCUCCUACUCUUCUUGUAGCAGCUGGAAGUACACUGUUUGUGUGUGUCCAUCCAUCCCAGUUAUGUGCUUAUACCUCCGUCCCCUUUCUACUCUCUCUGAGUUCACACCGUCACGGGUCAGGUCUCCUGCCCCUACGCAGCUCUGGGUGUAAUUUUGCAUUUCCCUUCUCUUAUAUCGAUGAUAUAAGACGGGAACAACAUCCCGUCUAUGCCAGCUGCUUAUUACUGGGCAGAGCCACCUGGACCCUGCAUCUCUUCCCUUUGGGAGCCUGUGGUCAAUGCCAUCCGGGAUCAAACAGCCUUCUGGAAACAAAUAGGUUUAUUAGCCAAUGGAACAAAACAGUUGAGGAAAAAAUAGUUUCGAAAUAACCAACCAACCAACAGGUGUGUCUGGCGUCUUCCAGUCUUAUGAUGAGGCUUGGAUGAAUUUUUUUAAUAAUUUCAACAGAUCAUCCCGAUGUUUGUUUUUAAGCAUUUUUAAUUUUUUUUUAUCAAUUUAAAUUUUCACAGUUGUGCAACAUUGUGGAGAGUCAGACAAUAACUGAAUGACAGUGGAGGUUGAGAUUCCAAAAGUUCAAGCUGUACAACCGUUCAAACACAAACUGGCAACAUCCCGAGUCAAAGUACGUGAGCGAGACAAGGCGGAUGAGGUAUUUAUUGGACCAAUUUCUGGUGGUGAGGGAGCCAAGCUCUGCGGCUACACAGAGCUCUUCUGCAGGUGUGAGAAAGGUACUCUGAGUCACUGCUAAAUAGAAGAUCAAACAGAUAGUGCAGUGUCAAUAGUUAGCUCAUACUCUCAGCCUCAGGGACCAUUCAAGGUGGAACAGUCUGUUCACACUCCUUUAGUCAGUGGACAGAAAAACAGGGUUAGCAGGUUACAGACUGUUGGAAUAAGCCACAAAUCCAGUGCCUCUGUUCAGUCCAUGAUUUUGUAUCGAGCAAAGUUAUGAAUUUAAGCUCCCAGGCUCCUCUUUUGAAAGUGUGGUGCAGGUUUCCUUUGAGGAUGGGGACUGAUAGGUCAGAUAGAGAGUGAUUGGUUUGUGACAUGUGUUCACCCACAGGUGACAGGGUGUUCUUGUGUUUUACCAUUUUCCCUUGUGAGUUCCUCUGAGAGUAUAGUGAUUGUCUGGUUUCACCCAACUGUUGUCAUUGAAGCAUUUAGUGCAUGGAUGAGGUACACCACAUGUUGUGAUAGGCAUGGGUAGGACCCAUGGAUCUUGAAAGGUGUUUGUGGAGGGUGUUGAUCAUUUUAGCAGUGGAGAGAUGUCUGCAGGUGUUGCAUCUCUUGUUCUGGCAAGGUCUGGUGCCACUUUGAGUUGGUGUGUCCUCAUCUGUGGGGAGCUUGCUUCUGAUGAUGAGCUUGGAGAGGUUGUUUGAGGGCCAGAAGAGGGGGUUCAGGAAAGAUUUAUUUCAGGAUGGGGUCCCCAUUGAGAAUGGGUUGUAGUUGUUGGUUACCCUGUAUGGAUUCCAGCGUGGCUGGUAGGUGACAACUAGAGGCGUGUGGUCGGAGAGGGUUUUAUUUCUGCAUUGAAGCUGGUUCUCUCGGGGUAUUUGGGUGGCCCGUUCCAUGAUGCGAUCUACUUCUCUGGUGGAACAUCCUUGUUUGGUGAAGGCGGUUUUGAGUGUGUUAAGGUGUACAUAACGGACUUUCUCCUCAGAGCAUCUGAGUGCCUGGCUGUUGAUAACAGAUGUCUUGGUGCAUUUGGGGUGGUUACUAGAUCUAUGAAGGCAGGUGUGGUGAUCCGUGGGUUUCUUAUAUAUGGUUGUCUGUCAGGUUCCAUUGUUGAAGCUGAUUGUGGCAUCCAGGAAGUUGAUGCUAAUGUGGGACUGUUCUAGAACCAGUUUAAUGGACGGGCGGUGGUUGUUGAAGUUGGGGUGGAAAUCGAUGAGAGAGUUGAAGUUGUCCGUUCAGAAGAUGAAAAUAUCAUCACUAUAUCUCAGGUGUAUCACUGGGUAAUAAUGGGCCACUUCACCUUGAAUGGUCCCUUAGAAUACGUGCUAACUACUUAUGCUAAAUUAUCUGUUUGAUCUUGUAUUUAGCUGUUACACUCGGAGUACCUUUCCCAGACCUGAAGAAGAGCUCUUUGUAGCUCAAAAGCUUCUCUCCCGCUCCCAACGGAAGUUGGUCCAAUAAAAGAUAUUACCUUACUCACCUUGUCUCUCAAAUAUCCUGGGACUGAUAUGGCUACACCAACACUGCAUAAGUCAAAGUGCACACAGUUAAUAGCCUUAAAUCGAACCCUCACACAUUCUCAGGUAGCAUCUUUCUUAGUUUUCUGUAAAUUUUGAUUAUUACUGAUGGAAAUAUUUUUGCAUUGGUUCGUGUGUAUACGGUGAAACCAACGUUUAUCGACAUUUGCCAAUAAAAAUCUACUCCUGGCAAA